CUCAUAGCAGUGCGUCAAAGGAAAACCACGUCCUGUGUCACGUUUGUUAUGGUUAGGACAGAAUAAUAUCCAGAAUGGAACCAGACGGACGACUUUUCAACAGAAACUCUUUCAAGCAACUCGAGGCAUCACAAAGACGUUUUCAUGUGUUGAAUCAUUGAUGUACUGAUCUACUCCCGGAUACUUGUUUUAACCUCUGCCAGCCAACAGACCGGCCCGAUCUCUGGAACAAACCGGAGACUUCUUCGGCUCGUGGUAACAGUGAAAGAUGGGGCAGUGGGUUUGGCUCAGAUUUGACCUGGAGCAUGAGCCUGAAGCAUGACUCGGAGUAGGAGAUGAGGGUCACGCUGCCCGGGCACGCAGGCAGUGCUGGAGGCAAGUGCUGGACGGGCAGGAUGAAGAAGCUGCUGAGACAAAGUCCCCAUGUGGACGUGCUUGUGGACACCGAGCCUGGUGUUUGUCUGAGGAGCUUCAACACACUAAACACUGACCAUCUGUGUGAGGACCCAGUGCAGGAGUGGGGGGAGGAGCAGGAAGAGGGAGCUGUGUUUGGAAUCACGCUCCACAGGGAGCCCGUCCUGCAGAACCAGGACCUGACAGAACUUCCCGCUGACGUCGGCUGUGUCCAUUACCAUACAGUGAAAGUACGCAGACUAAAGGCCGGGACUCUGGAACGACUUAUCACCCACCUGCUGGACAGUGAGAACCGCGAGGCUGACUUCAUACAUGUCUUCCUCGCCACAUAUCGGACCUUCACCACCACCAGCACCCUCAUCGAAUUGAUAUUUCAGAGAGAUGAUUCAGCCGCCAGCCUGGAUAACACUGUUUGCCCACGCAGCACUUUACUCCCGGUGAUCCAACUCUGGCUGGAGGAAUACAGUGAGGACUUCAGUGACCCCCCUCAGUACCAGGAUCUCCGACGACUGUGUUCCCAGUUGCGUCAGCACGUCAGUUUCAGGCGCUUAGCUCGAACUGCUGAGAACCUGCUGAAGAGGUUCCAGGAACAAGACGGCAGCCGAUCUGCAUCCGAGCAGCAUGCUGGCCAGGAAGGAGUAGGAGAAACGUUCAGCAAGCAGGAGGACAAACACAGCUUCAUGGACUUCUCUACCAGAGACUUGGCAGAGCAGCUGACCCGUGUGGAUGCUGAACUUUUCAUCAAAGUUGUGCCAUUCCACUGUCUGGGCUGUGUUUGGUCCCAACGUGACAAGAAAGAAAACCGCAACCUUGCUCCUACUGUCCGUGCCACCAUCUCCCAGUUCAAUGCCGUCACCAACCGUGUCAUCACGUCCCUCCUCUGCCCGUCAUCUUCCACCCCGACCACUUCCUCUCCCACCUUAUUGCCCACCUCGGCCUCUCCCUUCCACGACUCCUCCAAUGCCCCGAGCUCACCACGAUUCUCGCGCGGUGGCCACGUCCACAGGGCACACGUCAUCGAGAGGUGGAUAGCCAUUGCGCAGGAGUGCAGGCAGAUGAAGAACUUCUCCUCGUUGAGGGCGAUCCUUUCAGCUCUCCAGUCAAAUGCUGUGUAUCGCUUGAAGAAGACCUGGGCUGCUGUCAGCAGGGACUCUAUGACCACCUUUGGACACCUGUGUGAAACUUUCCCGGAUGAGAACAACGUGCUAACCAGCAGAGAUCUCCUGAGCAGCCCGUCUCCGGGUUCCAAGUCACCCAGACUCUGCUUGUCUCCAGGACAAACCAAUUUGAACAGCGGCGUGCCGUACCUGGGCACUUACCUGUCCUCCUCACCAUGCUGGGACACAGCUCUUACAGACACCGUGGAGGGGGGACCUGAUCAACUUGAAAAGCGCAGGCGGGAGUUUGAGAUUCUUUCCCAGAUCCGACAGCUUCCGGCUUCCUGUUCCCAUUACAGCUUCCAUAAAUCUCAGAUCACCACUUGGCUGCAAGCAUGCGCGCUGCUCACAGAUCAGGAGACUCUCUCGGGACUGGAGCCUCCGGUUGAUCCCUGUCCCAGCUCCCCCAUCCUGUGGAGCCAUCGUCUGCUCACCAAAAAGCUCACCUCCUUGCGAUCAGCCAGUGAGAGCUCAGCACGGAAAGCCCAUGUGGACCAGAUUAGCGUGUUCUCUGGAUCCAGCAGUUCAGACAUGGACGAUCUGUUGAUUCCUCUGCCCUCUCCCUUCCAGGUCAAACUGAAGUCUUUCUCAGGGUCUCUACAUAACGUUGCAGAGGACUUCACUUUGAGCUCCAUGUCCUCGACUCCUCUGUCCAGUGUCUCGUGCUGCUCCUCCGAUCCAGAUCUAAGCUCCGCCUCCUUGUUAAUGAGCGCCGAGUCGCCGUCUUCCAUUUGCUCUCCUCAAGCUAUGCUGCCCUUCUACAACAAGCAGGUCGCAGACUCGUGCAUCAUCCGGGUCAGUGUGGAGUCCGUCAGCAAUGGAAACGUCUACAAAAGCAUUCUGCUGACCAGUCAGGACCACACAGCCCAGGUGAUUCAGAGGGCUCUGGACAAACACUGCAUGGAGGGCAUCAGCUACCACGACUUCAGCCUCAGCCAGGUCAUCACCAAUGAAAAGAGCUGCAGAUCCCCGACAAAGCCAACGUGUUUUAUGCCAUGUGCACCACCGCCAACUAUGACUUUGUCCUGCGCCAGCGCUGGAGAAGGCACGCAAGGUCUUUGGGCUCCUCAAGCCCUGGAGCUCAGCACAAGAGAAACUAUACCAAGUGAAAGGUGUCGGACCUGCUGGACGUCAGCAGUUCAUGCAGAGAACAGGAAGUGCUCGUCAGUGGCUCAUCGCCGUGAUAUCAUCACUGUGCAGCUCAGAUUCUGAGACUCUAAUAAAAAAAGAUGAAUUCUCAGCAGAAAUCAGGACUUUGAGAAAUAAAUUUCUGCUGUCCACAUUUUUUCUUCAGAUGGACAGACGCACAUCACACUUUUUAUAAAUCCUGGUGAUUCUCAGACACCUGACUGUUUCAGGCAGUUACCGAUGUCUGGAGCCAGAACGCUGUGGACUUCUGGAUCUGGUUCUUGAAGUGGACGUUUGGGGUUCACAGAACGACGAUUCUGCUUGGGGUUUACAUGAAAAAUCUCUACGUUCUAGCGGUGUUACCUUCAUUGUAGGUGCGAGCAGCCUGUGGUCGUUCAGGUCAUCGGGUCACUAACAGCUGUUUCAUGAAGAUGCUUGAAGAUUCACACCAGAGACUGUCACUGUGGAGUCUUCAGCUGAAGACGUCCAGAUAGAAAAACACAGAGAUGCUUGGACCAGCGGACUCUGACGGACUUUUAAAGACUUGUUCGGCAAUUUUUGGACUUUUUCUGGAUCUGCUAUCUGAACUUCACGUGGAUCAGAGCUGAGUCGGAGCACUGAUGGCGGGACUCUUCUCAACCGGGUUUUAGAUGCUGUUAGAUGAGAUUAACUUUAUGAAUUUUAAAUACGUCACACAAAUGUUUGUAUAAUUUUAUUCUGGUAAAUUAUUUGAUGCAUUUCAGUGUUCAGUUUCAUAGUAACGCUGUGGUUAAGGGUUUGUUGUUGUUUUUGGGGGGGGUUUAUCAGUACCCUCAUGGAUCUUAUCGGCCAUUUUUCUGUUUCAGUCAAGUGUUUAUUUCUACAUUAAUAAUAAUUUUAUUUGUAUCGCACUUUUUCAAACAUCAAAGCACUGAUCAACAUAAACCCCCCAAAAUAACUAUAAUACAACAAAGCACAUGAAGAAUAAAACUAAUAAAUCUCAAAUUAGAAAGUAAAUUAAAAAAAAAAAAUCUGAACUUAGAAAGCUAAUAAAAAAAAAAGCCUCAAACACCCCUGUGCAGCUGUACA